GACUGAAGUUACAACAAUUAAUAAUGAAGUUGAAUUCCGUUCUUUCGCCUCUCUCCUCCUCCUUACCCUGUCUCACCCCUCAUCGCCGGUCGUCGUUUGGCCUUCAGCCUCAUCUAAACCUUUCUUCUAAGUACAACAACCCCUCUCUAUCAUUAUCUCUCCGACGAACGGGUUCCUCUCCAUUUUCUCGUUUAUCUCGCAAUGUCAAAUCUCCCAUUGGCGCAGCAGCAGUUCCUUCGAGAGAAGAGGAGGAGGCACCGUCUUCAGCUAUCCAUUUCCAAGAAAUCGUCGAGAAAGACUGGUCAUUUCUAGAAUCCGAGGGCACAAACUUCGACCGGAUAAUAUCGGCUGGAGAAAUACGAGAAGAUUCGAGGGUUUUAGUCUGUUUGGGUUCGGAAGGGUUUGUGGAUCGAGUAGUCGAAAAUUGUUCAUCACCCAAGUUGUUGCUAGUCGUUCAUGAGUCGUUGUUUGUGUUAGCCGGUAUAAAGGAGAUGUACGACUCUGUAAAAUGUUGGCAAGGAGAGAUUAUUCAUGUUCCUAGCAAAUGGGAAAGUUUUGAUGUGGUUUUCCUUUACUUCCUUCCAGCUUCACCUUUGAAGCUCGAUCAGAUUCUCCAAACUAUUUCCUCUCGGUGUUCUCCAGGUGCUAGAAUCGUGAUAAGUCAUCCUCAGGGGAGAGAGGCAUUGGAGGAGCAGAGGCGGCAAAACCCUGAUGUUAUCGUCUCGCAGUUACCCGAUAAGGGGACAGUGGAGAAGGUGGCUGGUUCUUGCUCAUUUGAGAUGAGCGAAUUUGUAGAUGAGCCUGGUUUGUAUCUAGCUGUGUUGAAGUUCAGCAGCUCAUAGCAUAGUGGAACUGGUUUAAUAGAAUUACAUUCAGAUUUCCGCAUAUAAUUUGUUGUUUUUGUAAUCAGAGAGAGUGUAUUGGUUUUGGAUUUGGCAUUGAAAUAUUCAAACCUUCCUUCUUCUUCAAUGGUGUACUCUUGUCA